CAAAGCCCGGAGGUUGCUACCGAUCGUCAAAAAGUGGGGACAAGAUUUUGGGUCCGCUAGGAGUAUAAAUAAUCGGUAAGGAGGAUUUGUCUUCACAGUCUGAUCGCAGAUCACAAGACACAGUCCCAAAUACUACCAACAACAUGAAGAUGAUCAUCGCUUUCGCCGCCCUUGUGGCCGUUGCUACGAGCGCUGCAAUCGACGGACAAAAUGUCCAGGUGGUGGCCGAAGAACUCGCGGACAACACCGGGUUCUCAGACUACAAAUACGGCUACCAACUGUCGAACGGCGCAACCAAACAGGAGUCCGCCCAGCUUGUGAACCCCGGCACCGAGGACCAGCACUACAACGUCGUUGGUAGCUUUUCUUACGUCGACCCGGCGACCAACGUGCAGUACACCGUCAGGUACACCGCUGACAAGGACGGAUUCCACCCCGUAGGCGAUCACAUCCCAGCCUAAUUUUUCGCGAUGUAAACAACAAUAAAGACAUGCGCAACAUUUGAAAA